AUGGCUGAAGACGGAAAGAUUCGAUGCUACAACAAAGGAUGCGGUUUAAUGUACGAUCCGAACGAAAAUGACAGCGGUGAGUCUUCCGUUGGGCCGACAAAAUGCACUCUUUGGCUCCAGAUGCGUGUACUUAUCAUUCCGGAGGUCCGUACUUUCAUGAUGCCUACAAAAUUUGGACAUGCUGCGAAAAAAAGAGCACGGACUUCCGAACGUGGAUGGAGUACAAAGGUUGCACACGUGGAAAGCAUAACAAUGAGAAGCCCGUCGAUAUUGUAAAAGUAGCGGCGGUGAAGGAGAUUCGACCCGAAAAAGAGGAAGAAGUUAUUAAGUGGAAGGGCCUUAACAAAUCUGUCAAAUCUCAGAAAAAGGAUUCUUCUGAAAGAAUUGAAGUUAAUCUGAAUGUUAGUUCGAUCUAAUUAAAUUUUUUUUUCAAAAUCAGUAUUACUUGAGGUGGAAACGACGCCUGGUGCUGUCGCCGCUAUUGAAAAGAAACUGAAAGAAGUUACGGACGCCGCGGAAAGUGGAGAAAUUCAAAUCGGAGCGCCGUGCAGAAAUAACGGAUGCACUCAGUUGUUUGAUGGAUCCAAAAAAGGCGGCAGUUGCCUGCACCACCCUGGAAGUGCAAUUUUCCACGAGGGAAUGAAGUAUUGGGGCUGCUGCAACAAGAAAACUUCCAACUUCGGCGCGUUUCUCGAGCAAGUGGGAUGUACCAGCGGAGAUCACAAAUUCAGAAAUGUUCGUUUUUGGCGCUGUACGCCCGAAAAAUUUGUUAAUUUCAGAACGAAAUUACUACGAAGAUCCGUGAAGACUGGUUCUCCAGCAACGGAUUCGUAACAGUCAAUGUGUACUGCAAAGGAGCACUCCCUGAAACUGCGAACAUAAUUUCCGACGGACACAUUCUCCGCGCUAAUUUCAAGCAUGCAUUCGGAAAUGCUUCCACCGAAUUGCUCUAUGAUUUGUGGGACGAAGUUAUUCCGGAAGAGAGCCGUGUUGUUGUCGGUGAAAGAAAGGUCGAGAUCUCGCUGAAACAGAAACAUCUUACUGGCUGGCCACGUCUUAAAUUUGACCCUGAACUCGAUGGACAGAAUGAAGAGGAGGCCUAA